CUCACAUUCGAAGGCUGCAUUUUUUCCUCAAUAGUUUUUUUAGUUCACAUUAUUGUCUUUCUAGACAUCUGGUAGCACCAUGUGUGGAAUGCAUUGGAUGACGUCAUAAAUGGAGCGGUUAUUUGUCUCAGGCGCGCCGUGCGAAAACGCGUUUGUGUGUGUUGCGUCAAUUCAGUCGAGUAUUGAGAUAGUGCGGUCGCGUUUUGCGUUUAUUUGUGUGCUGAGAGGUUCAAUUAUUGGCUAAAAAGAAAAGACGUGAUAAAUAGUUAAGAAAAAAGUGAACUACUGAAAAUAGUAAAAAAAAGUAAGAAUUACCGGUUUACAAAAUUAAGGUGAUAAGAAAAUUGACUGCGCUAGCUGAGAUCCAGCUACAGAAAGAAAAAUGAAAACAAAACAAAAUAUCUGCGAAUGGUGUUCUUUUUCGUCCCACCGUGUUCAAUCAUUGUGAAAUAGUAUCAGUGCAUUACUGUAAAAGUGUAUUUGUGUAGUUAACAGUUUUUACUAUAGCAUUUAUAAAAAUCACAAAAAGUACUCUUACUACGAUAAAUAAUACAGAACAAACGACAAGGAUACAACAAACAACGACAACAGCAACAACAAUCAGUUAAGAUGGGCAACAUUCAUACGACUGGACCAAACGAGGCGCUAAUUGUUUCAGGUGGCUGCUGUGGAUCCACCAAAAAGCGCACCAUUGUCGGUGGCUGGGCUUGGGCCUGGUGGCUGGUGACAGACGUACAACGCCUAUCGCUGGAAGUGAUGACCCUCAAUCCAAUGUGUGAGAACGUCGAGACAGCACAAGGUGUACCAUUAACCGUGACGGGUGUAGCUCAAUGCAAAAUUAUGAAGAUGAUGAACGUGUAUUAUUUUCACCAUCAGGCUGACGAACUAUUGGGCACCGCGAGCGAACAAUUUCUGGGCAAGAACGUUAAGGAGAUAAAGCAAACGAUAUUACAGACAUUGGAGGGACAUUUGCGUGCCAUACUUGGAACGCUUACAGUCGAAGAGGUUUACAAAGAUCGCGACCAAUUCGCAGCGCUGGUACGCGAAGUGGCCGCACCUGAUGUCGGUCGCAUGGGCAUUGAAAUACUCUCAUUCACCAUCAAGGACGUCUACGAUGACGUACAAUAUUUGGCUUCGCUGGGCAAGGCGCAAACGGCGAGCGUUAAGCGUGAUGCCGAUGCGGGCGUAGCCGAAGCUAAUCGUGACGCCGGCAUACGCGAGGCUGAGUGCGAGAAAAGUGCCAUGGAUGUGAAAUACUCUACGGAUACUAAAAUCGAGGAUAAUUCGCGUAUGUAUAAAUUGCAAAAGGCGAAUUUCGAUCAGGAGAUCAAUACAGCGAAGGCUGAAUCUCAAUUGGCCUACGAAUUGCAAGCAGCAAAGAUACGACAGAGAAUACGUAAUGAGGAGAUACAAAUCGAAGUGGUUGAACGACGCAAGCAAAUCGAAAUCGAAGCACAGGAAGUCCAACGUAAGGAACGUGAACUCAUGGCCACUGUGAAACUACCAGCCGAAGCGGAGGCUCAUCGUGUGCAGACCAUUGCACAGGGCAAACAAUGCCAAACAAUUGAGACGGCUCGCGCGGAAGCCGAAAGAAUACGUAAGAUUGGUUCAGCCGAGGCUCAUGCCAUUGAAUUGGUUGGUAAGGCUGAGGCCGAACGCAUGCGAAUGAAGGCGCAUGUGUACAAACAAUACGGAGAUGCUGCCAUCAUGAACAUUGUACUUGAAUCUCUGCCUAAGAUCGCUGCCGAAGUAGCUGCACCACUCGCCAAGACCGAUGAGAUCGUACUCAUUGGCGGUAAUGAUAAUCUAACAAACGAUGUAACACGUCUCGUUGCACAAUUGCCACCGUCCAUCAAUGCCUUGACCGGUGUGGACUUGUCGAAAGUGUUGUCGAAAAUACCCGGAGCCAAGGCGUGAAAUUCAAUGCAACAGCAGCAGCAUCAACAACAACAACACUCAAGUAUGCAAACGCCACAAGAUGCCCGAACGAUGAUGUUGAUGACAUAAAGAUACAUAAAUACGACAAAUGGAAUGACGAAAUUGAAAAAAAAAA